AAAUCACAACUCCACUCAAAAAUAACAAAUUUGGCUUUAAAGUCAUGAGACUGAAAAACAAACCCACCCAUCAAAGUAAAAAGAAAUGCUUUGUUCUUUUUUGUCUUCUGAUUUUUGGGCUUUUAGGGUGCCCUUGGUUAACAUUUUCAAGCUUUUACCCUACAACCACAAGAGCUAGGAAGGAACUUACUUUUUUAUUUAGAUAAAAGCUGAGAUUCUUACAUAAUUACCUCUAGAACCCUGGAGCUUUAAGGAAAGCAUUAUAGGUUGUAAGACUGCCGACAAAAUAUUUGUAGACCUAGAUUAGAUUAAACGGAUUUACAAAAAAUUUUUUUUUUUAACAGAGGCAGGUUUUUUCCCUUCAUAGUGUCAUCAUAAUGCAGAAUAAGGUUUCUGACAAAGGAGAAACUCUCAGUUAUGAAGAUUAAUGGGAGGCGGGAAUGAACAUUAACCCUUAAAAUUCAGUCUUUGCCUAUACUUUUCACAAGUUUUCAUAGGGUGCCAUCAUUGGUGGGAAGAGCACAAUGGAAGUUCUGCGUCCAACGCUUAUAAGGAUUGGAGGGCGCAUUUAUAGGAAAAAUAUUAUUCAACAACAGUCCUAUCCAAAUGAAGAAGAGGAUGAUUUCUAUGCAGGCCCUGGGGAUCUUACAGAUGAGCCUUGUGAUGCCUUCCUGGUGGAAGAGACUGAGAGAGGUUUCCAGUGUGCAGUGGAGGUUCCCAGCUCACUAUACAAGUAUAUAAUUGGAAAAAAAGGGGAAACCAGGAAGAGACUAGAAACAGAGACUCGAACUUCCAUCAGCAUUCCCAAGCCUGGAAUGGAAGGACAAAUCGUGAUUACUGGACAGCAGCGUAGUGGUGUCAUUUCAGCCCGAACACGGAUUGAUGUUCUUGUUGAGAGCUUCCGCAAGAAGCAGCCAUUCACACACUUCCUGUCCUUUGCUCUCAACCAGCCUGCGAUUCAGGAAAAAUUUCUACAGUUCAAGGAAGAAGUAUUGGAGAAAUGCUCCAAGGAUCAUGGAGUCAAUAGCAGUCUAUUCCAGAACCCAGCAAAGCUCCAUCUUACUAUUGGGACGCUAGUGCUCCUGAAUGAGCAGGAGAUCCAGAAGGCAUGUGAACUCCUGCAGAGAAGUAAAGAGGACUUUAUUAACAAAACUGUUGGAGGCAAAUCCCUGACUGUGGAGGUGGCAGGGAUAGAAUACAUGAAUGAUGACCCUGCCAUGAUUGAUGUUCUUUAUGCAAAAGUUCGCAUGAAGGAUGGAUCAGACAAAUUACAGCUAAUAGCUGAUAGACUCAUGGAGCAAUUUGUGACCUCUGGGCUGAUGAUGAAGGAGUGGGAUAGGGUGAAACUGCAUGCUACCAUCAUGAACACUCUCUUCAGGAAAGACCCAAAUGUUGAAGAGAAAAAUAAUGCAACUACAGGCAAAUCAUCUUUGAAGGAACGGGAGACAUUUGAUGGCCGAAAUAUACUGAAGAUCUUUGAGAACUUCUACUUUGGAGAACUGCAGCUGAAUUCAGUCCACCUUUCUCAGAGGUUCUCCACAGACAGCUCAGGUUACUACGCUACAUCUGGGCAGCUCACUUUCUUCUGAAAUAAAAACUCAGCUGCUCCAACAGAUCUGCUGUGCCCCCAGAAUUGCAGAAUUGUAAAGGAGUUACAUUAAUUUUGGAGCCUCAAAUAUGAACAGAGAUCUCUUCUAAGGAUUCUACAAAGACUGGGAUGCCAUGUUAUGUCUUCAAAGAACCAUGCACAAUCCGCGACAUUGCAUUUUCUUGGUGGAACUCUCUUGCAGUCCUUCCUACAAAUAUCCCAUCUCCCUAUCCUCUCAAAAAGCUCUGGUCUCCUACCUCCACCUCACACAGCUUUUUCAUUUCCCUUAACACUUCUAGUUUACAGGUUUCUUCCACUUGGAAGCUAGCUGGCAUCUUUAGGAUAAAGGGUCAUUGUCAGCUAACCUUUUAUAUGCAGUUUUCUCGUUUUUAUCAGAUGUUUGGUGCCAUCUUACAAGUUUACAAAAAUAACAUGCAUUUCUCUUCAGUUUUUUUUCCCUCUAGCAAAUAUUUCUCUCUCCCAGUCUCCCUCUUCAGCCUUCUUUGUAAUGGAGCAGAAGACAUGUCUUCGUUUUGUUUACUUCACUAGUUCAAAGCCCAGUGAAGUCAGUGGAAAGACUCCUAUUGAAAUCAGUGGUCUUUGGAUCAGGCCUUAUAUGAACAGGAAUGUUGCAUGUUCCUGUUUACAUUUGUCACUAAACUGCUUGUUGUAGACCCGCAGAGGGUGCACACCCGGCUUUCUGGGUUUCGCACCAAAUCUUGAGAAUUUUGUUUUUAAAUGAGCAACUGUAACUCUCAAAAUAAAUGUUUAAAAUCCAGAAGAGUUCCCCAGACUGUAAGAUAACAAUGUUAAGGCAAGUCAUUACUUGAGGCCCAAACAGUUUGACAGUGUUUCUGUAACAUUAGUGAUGUUAAUAACCAAAUAAAUUCCUUUCAAAAACA